AAAAUUAGUAGUAUUUUUAGGAAAAAAAGUAGUCUAGACUUAAAGUGUUUAUGUACCCAUUGAGCCAUAGUAACAUCAAUUACUAACCAUUUCUUGCUGUAUAUGUUGCUAAUGUAUUUCUCUUUUUUGCUACAUGUGCAAUUACAGAGCAAGGCCUUGUAAUCACAGAUUAGGUGGAUCAGGUAACAAAUUAAAUGGUGCAGAUUUGCUGUGAAUUACUGCUGCCCAACUUUAAGAUGUUUCUAAAAUUUUCCCAAGCUUUGGAGUUGGCAUGUCGACAGCUUCCUUAAAUUUCCUGUACUCAUUCAUUUUGCCAAGUUGUUUAUUAGCAUUCAAUUUUAUUUAUUAAUUUUAUUUUACCUUGCCCUGUAGUUUUGUUUUGUUUUGUUUUUUCAGGUCAGCUCUCUUGAAAGAAAGAAGUGGAAGUUUUGAUAAGGUAAAACAGAUGAGAAGUUUGAGCCUAGCAGGACAUCUGAGAUCUUGAAUAUGCCAAGAACAGGACGACUACUUAAGCAUAUGACAGUGUAGUCAUUUAUUUUAAAUGUUUCAUUUCUCUUGGUACUGACCCAGUGAUUACUAUUUCUAUUACUUCAGAUCUGACUUGAAGAUUUAACGUCUGCUUCUAAUUAAAAAGCAGUGUUUCCCUGCAGAAGUGAUCCUUGUGCUGAUUUGCCAUGAACAAUUCUGUGUUUAUGGUUGAUGGUGAUUCUGAUGAGGAAAUCCCUACCCAGCAAGCUAUUCAGGAAAGCUUACAAGAUAGGCAGAAAUUUGAAACAAGUGGCAGUACAAAAGAGGUUGGAAGUUUCCCGUAUACUGAAAGUAAAGAACAUGGGCAGAUCAUUGCAGCAAUUCGGACAGGCCAAGAGGAGGCCUUGAAGAAGUUGGUGAGGCAUAGUUCUGCUUUUGAAGAAGCAGAUCAGCAAGGCUGGCUUCCUGUGCAUGAAGCUGCAGCACAGCUAAAUAAGAACAUCCUUGAAAUAACUUUAAAAGCCUCCCGUGACAUUAUGUGGGAACAGUCCACUCUAGAAGGGGAAACACCUCUCCUGGUGGCAGUAAGAAAUUGUUUUGUGGACAAUGUCCACUUUCUCCUGCUCAAUGGCUGCAAUCCCAAUGUUAAAGAUGAAGAGGGAGAUUCUGCUUUAGUUAUAGCAAUUAAACUUGAUUCCUAUGACAUUGCCUCCUUGUUGCUACGAUCUGGUGCCAGAGUGAAUCUGCGCUGUGUCCAUGAGAGAACUGCUCUGCACGAGGCAGCCAGGCUGGGCAGGAGGGAUCUGGUGCAGCUUCUCCUGGACUCUGGAGCAGAUCCUGACCCCCGCAGUGGAUACGGGCUCACACCUCUAGCCCUGGCUGCACAGAUGGGACAUACAGAAAUUAUGGAGCUCUUGCUGCAAAAAGGUGCAGAUGUUCUUUCACAGGCAAUGGACUGUGCUUCUAUAUUGUUUGAAGCAGCAGGAGGAGGAAAUCCAGAUUCUGUGAGUCUUUUACUAGAAUAUGGGGCUGAUGCCAAUGUACCAAAGCACUCGGGUCAUUUGCCAAUCCACAGAGCUGCAUAUAGAGGACACUUUCUAGCUCUAAAAUAUUUAGUUCCAGUGACUGAUUUUGCUGCCAUUAAAGAGAGCGGGAUAAGUCCAGUUCACUCAGCAGCAGCAGGAGCACAUCCUCAGUGCCUCGAGUUUCUCCUCCAGUCGGGUUUUGAUGCCAAUUUUAUGCUGGCUCAGAGAGUUCGCAAAGGCUACGACGACCACCGGAAAUCAGCCCUGUACUUCGCCGUUUCCAACGGGGAUAUCUGCUCGACACAGCUGCUGCUGAACGCCGGAGCCCUGACAAAUCAAGAUCCCAUCAACUGCCUCCAAAUCGCCCUGAGAAUGGGCAACUACGAGUUAAUGAAUCUGCUGCUGCGCCACGGAGCCAACGUCAACUACUUCUGCCGCGUGAACACCACGCAUUUCCCCUCAGCUCUGCAGUACGCCCUCAAAGACGAGGUCAUGCUGAGGAUGCUGCUGAACUACGGCUACGACGUGCACCGCUGCUUCGACUGCCCGCGGGGCACCGCGGCCCACUCGGAGUAUGUGACCGACGGCUGGACCUCCACCGUUAUCAAAGACACCAUGUUUUGUGAAGUGAUCACCUUAUCCUGGCUGAAGCACGUGUCUGGGAAAGUAGUGCGAGUCAUGUUAGAUUACGUCGAUCAGGUGAAGAUUUGCCAGAAGCUCGAAGCAGUUCUCAAAGAACAGGAACUCUGGCCAGACAUUCAUUUCAUUUUAACAAAUCCUCGCUCUCUGAAGCACCUUUGCCGGCUGAAGAUCCGGACGUGCAUGGGCCGGCUGCGUCUCCGCUGUCCUGUCUUCAUGACCUUCCUUCCACUGCCAAACUGCUUGAAAGACUACAUCCUGUACAAGGAAUAUGAUCUUUACGGACAGGAAAACUUCACAGGGAUCUACAACCUCAACUGUGCAUAAGUAUUAGUCUUGUACUUUGAAGGGAAUUUAGUAAGACUGUUGUGCUUUUUUCUUGUGGGAUUUUUCUGUCCUCUGUAUAUUAAGGAAUGCCAGUGUUCUCCCCUCACCCCCUGAAGAAAAUGGCAAGACUCCCCCCCAAAUGUUAGUAUUGGUGAUCCCAGUCUAAGGAGCUCCUGGACUAUGACCUGGCUGGACGUUAUGGUAUCAGUAUUAAAUGCCUAGUGUGACAAGUUAAGGAAGUGUAAAAUACAGGGCUGCAAACCUUGUGCUAUGGCUAAGGUAAAGCCUGUCAUUUCAGAUACCACCACCCCCAUUCCAGGGUUAAACUCAGGGUUUAUUUAAAGGUCAGGGAUUUGACUAAAACCAGGAAGGGACGUAAUUUUCUCUUGUACUUCUUCUCUUCUUUUGACAAGACAUAGUUUUUAUUUGUGAAGUUCUGAAGAGCAAUUUAAGUAAUUAUUUUCUUCACCCAAUAAAGCAAUCUCCCAGUUUUUGGCAAUGAAAUAGGAUUAAGCUUGAGAAACCUCUGCUUAUCACAGCAGGUCACAUGACAACGCCAAUAUUUCAAGGAGGUGGCACUGCUGAAAGCUGUGUUAGUUCUGCAGCUCCUUCUCAGGUACUGGUAUGUCUCAUCCACCAGGAACUUGGACUAUUCUCUUCAGAACUGAAUUUUCCUUACAAAGUGCUGGCCAAAGCCCUGCUUCAAUUUUUGGAGUUUCUUUCUAUAGAGAUGGAGCUUAAACUUUUGGAGCCAUGUCAUUUUAGGAGGUCUUACAGAAGUUUUAGACCUAUAGCAUGCCUGUUCCUUCUAAAAAUACUGCAAAUGUCAGAAAUCUUAGGAAAAAAGUUCAUCAACACAUUUGGCAUU